CGAGUCGUUCAGUGCACCAGUGAAGUGUCGAGCUCAGAGGGAAAGGGCGAGGGCACGCGUGAUUUGGCUGCUUUUCUGCCAAGAGUUCUUCCGCCCCGUCUCUGAGGUGAUGGAGUGAAGUGGAAAGAUCGCAGAUUUGGGAUCUGCAGUCCUGGUUUCUAGUCCCUAGUGUAUGACCUUGAGACAGUAAUGUAAACCACCAUUUCCUCAUCCAUAAACUCGGGUAAUAGGAGCUCGUGGGAUUGUUGAAGGUUAAUUUGGAUAAUGCAAAAAAGUGCAUCGCACGAUGUAUGUCACAUAGUCAAGGCUCAGUAGAUGUUUGUUAAUAUUGUGUUAUUACUUACUAUCAUUUACCGACCUUGGGUUCUGCUUGGCACUUUGGCUAAGGAAAAAGUGUCUUACAUUCGAAUGCAGGUGGUGGACUAUGAGUGGACCUGAGAGGUUCUUAGUGGUCAUAUUUGCACACAGACCGCAACAGGAGCCAAGAGGCAAGAACUGGAGUUUGCUUUGGCUGUAGAGCAACAAGUGUUAUGAUUAACCAGGGAUGGUGAUCGGUGGCUUCAGACUUUGAUAAGAAAAAUAUCCGCUUACUUUGAACCUUGAGUCCAGUGCUAAGGAGCUUUCGGUUUGAAGAAGUCCGUGAUUUGGUAGAGCAGCCUGUUUUUCAAACGACCUUUGAGUCUUAUAAUCAUUCUGAGGAUAUAGCAUGGGAGAAUCAGCUAUGGAAAGAUGCUCUCACACUAACAAGAAACUUCAAAUAAUCUUCGUCAUUUUGAGCAAUAUGGCAAGCAAGCCUAUCUCUGCAAUACAGCAGUGGAGAUCAGAAGGUAGAAUAGCUGUAUGGCUGCACAUUCCCAUCCUCCAAAGCCGAUUCAUUGCCCCUGCGGCUUCACUGGGCUUCUGCUUUCACCAUGCAGAAUCGGAUUCUUCAACACUGACUCUGUGGCUGGGUGAAGGGCCCAGCAGAUUACCAGGAUAUGCUACACAUCAAGUAGGAGUUGGAGGAGCUGUGUUUGAUGAAAGUACUAGAAAAAUAUUAGUUGUACAAGAUCGAAAUAAAUUGAAAAAUAUGUGGAAGUUUCCAGGAGGCAUGUCAGAGCCUGGAGAAGAUAUUGGAGACACAGCAGUUCGAGAAGUUUUUGAAGAGACUGGUAUAAAAUCAGAAUUCAGGUCCCUCCUGAGUAUUCGGCAACAGCAUGCAAAUCCUGGUGCUUUUGGGAAGUCUGAUAUGUAUAUCAUCUGCCGCCUACAUCCAUGUUCAUUCACCAUUAAUUUUUGCCAACAUGAAUGCUUAAGAUGUGAGUGGAUGGAUCUUAAUGACCUGGUCAAGGCCAAAAAUACUACUCCCAUCACCAGCAGAGUUGCUAGACUGUUGCUAUAUGGAUACAGAGAAGGGUUUGACAAGAUUGAUCUGACCAUGGAAGAACUUCGAGCAGUUCACACAGGGCUGUUCUACAAACUGUUCCACAAGGAACUGCCAGCAAAUUACAAAACUAUAUCAGGAAUGGAUUAAAUUCACAUUUACAUGUUUUAAAAAACUUUAAGUAAAUUGUACAUGUGGAUUAAUGUCUGCCAUGUUAUAAAAAGUAGUGAACUUCUGGGACUGAUUAACUAAAUACCUGAUUUUUAUUUUCUAAUGUAUAUGAUUUCCACGAAGAAAAUUUAUUUGUAAAUAUGCACAUUUUAAAGCCUCUUUUCAAAUAAAGCAAAUG